AUCAGUUUGAGGAGAACAACAACAACGAUAACAUCAGUAUAGUGCUGAUUGAGCAAGAGCUGUAAACAAAAGAAGAAGAAGAAGACAGCGAAGAAGCGAUGUAAAAUAUGAAGUUCAUCGUAAUGAGCGUUAUAGUUUGGGCAUUUUUGUGUCAAGUGCUGUGUUGGAAUGCGGUGAAUGCUGUUUUCAUUGAAACGCCAUCGCUAGUCGAAAAGCCUGAAGAUGAACAAUUGGAUUUGUUGUCGAUCAAUGGUCGGGACUUUCUCAGUAAUAUCACAAAAGACAUAAGUGGCAAACCAUGGCAUGAUGAUCGGGAACAAAAUUACAUAAUUCGCUGUCUUCGACCUGCAAAAUGUGAACGAAUACAAACAAAUACAUGUUUUGGUAGUAAAAUUCCAUAUAAAUACACCAGCGGCCAAUUGUCGGAAGAAGGAAAUCAAGAGUCAAAUAUUAAAAAACUAAACCAACUCGAAGCAUUGCGAAAUGUUCCAAAGUGUUGGGAAGUAAUUCAGCCAUUUUUAUGUGCAGUUUAUUUGCCAAAAUGCACAAAGAGCAAAGGCAAAGAAUAUGUUUAUUUGCCAUCAUAUGAAAUGUGCCAAGCAACCGUUGAACCAUGCCGAGUUUUGUACGAUACCGACUUCUUUCCGAGCUAUCUCAAGUGUGAUGAAAAAGUGUUCCCGUGCAAAAAUUGUAGCAAUGAUGUUCGCGAAAUGAAAUUUACACCAAUUUCUAGUCAGUGUAUUUCACCAUUGGUUGCAACUGAUUCGGCUAUCAAUUAUUAUCCAGAUAUCGAAGGAUGUGGUCUUCAAUGUAGAGAUCCUAUGUAUACGGAAGGUGAGCAUGAAUCAGUGCAAACGUUGAUCUUUUGGGGCGCAACACUUUGUCUGGUUUGUAACUUUUACAUGAUCGCAACGUUUUCGAUUCAUGAUUGGCGGCAUUCAAAACAUCCAGCAUGGAAUUUAUUCUACAUUAGCAUUUGUUUACUGUGCAACUGGAUUGGGUGGAUGUUACAAUUUGUGCCUGGCCAUCGAGAUAAUAUUGUAUGUCGUCGCGAUGGAACAUUACGAUAUUCCGAACCGAGUGCCGGCGACAAUUUGGCCUGUAUCAUCCCCUUCAUUUUGGUCUAUUACUUUUCGAUUGCGGCUAAUAUAUGGUUUGCCAUUUUCACAUACCAUUGGUACUUACAGACAAAAGAUCGAGGAAGCAUUCGAGAUCGUAUCGAUAAAGAGAGUUUCUACUUUCAUUUCAUCGCCUGGGCUCUGCCCUUCAUUUUAACUGUCACCAUAAUGGUGCUGAGUGAAGUGGAUGGAAACAGCAUUACUGGGAUUUGUUUUGUUGGUUAUCGAAAUCGUGCCAUUCGAACCGGAUUAGUAUUGGUGCCAGUGGCUAUUUUAUCAUUUAUCAGUGUGAUUUUCACAUUUCGGGGAAUCUUGAAUUUGAAUCGCAUAAAACGUUGUAGUGCUACCAGCAGCGAAGAAGCAUCAAAGCUCAGUUCACACAUUUUGGGAAUGGGCAUACGAACGAUGCUGGUCAUCUUUUUCACUUCGUCAUUUUUCGUCUUCGAAAAUUAUGAGGUGCCCAAUGCUACAAUGUUCGCCAAGAGUUUGACCGAUUUUAUUACAUGCAAAAUAGUGGAAAGCAGCCCAAAUGACGUAACCAAGUGUAAAAUUCAGAAUCGUCCUAGUGUUGCCGUGACUCAACUUGGCUUGUUGAGUUUAUUCGGCGUGAAUUUGGUAAUAACGUCGUGGUGCUGGACAACGCAAGCGUUGAAGACGUGGAAAAGAUUCGUUAGACGAAAAACUGGCAACGAACUGAGCGAAGAUGAUAAAAUGCGUCCAAAGCAUCGAAUUAUCGCUGAUGCAUAUGCCAAGCGCAAGCACAUGGAUGGUGACAUUUCAGUUUCCAUUGAUCAUACUCUCACCGAUCCGGCUGGCUUAAACUUCGAUGUAAACAAUUUAAAUCCAGCCGAAUCGGAUGGAAUGAGCUCAACACUGAGAAACUAUAUGUACAAUAUAAUCAAUCGAAGAGGUGCCGUGGAAUUGGAACCCUUCACAUUGGAAGAUAAACGAAAUGGUGUAUCAUAUCCGAGCUCAUGUGCCGAAAAUAGUUAUAACAAUUCGGAAGUGAGUGUGAGUGUGCGACAUAUUGAGGUUGAGUCACGUCGCAACUCAGUGGACUCACAAAUCUCAUUGAAAAUGUCGGAAACAAAUUUCAAAGCAACACUAGAGAGCCGACCGCAAAAGCAUAAAGGUAUCAAUAUGAAAACGAAAAAACGUCAACGUAACAUUUUGUAUACAAAACGAACCAAUCGUCGAGCGAGCAGUUCAUCGAUUGAAAGUCAACGAAUUACGAAUCAAAUGCAAAAUUUCAAAUAUAAAUAUCCGAAAAAUGGAAUACCAAAUGUGGGUGAAAAUACGACGUAUGGACGCCGCAAUGCCAUAUCAGCCAGACCGGGUGACAUUUUAAAUGAGUUGAGAAGUCAGUUUAAAUCUCACGAUGAUGAUGAUGAUGACCAGUCGAUUGAUGAGGCGCAAACGAUGGAAAUAAAUGAACCAUCAAAUAUGCUUGUACCAGUAGAUAUGGGAGCAUGUUCACAUCAAAGAGUAGACAGCAUUGACAGAUUGGAUGCAUCACAUGAUAAUCAAGCAUCCCUCGAACAAAUAAUCAUUGGAUUAUUAAGAAAUAGCGACGAAAAAAAAAUAAAACAUUUGCUGAAAAUGAGCCACGAUUAUCCCAAUGGUGUGGAUAAAAGUCAUCGAAACAGCACAAAACGCUCGAAAACCCAACGUAAUUCACAUCACAAAAUGUAUGAACAACAGACAAACGAUGAAUCACAUCCAUCGAUUAUAAAAACUGAGAAAGAUUCGGGUACGUCAAUGUCAUCAUCGAUAGACAGGGAGAUGUCUCAAUCUCAAAAUAGCAAACGAAGUUGUGAUGUUGGCAUUCAGGCCAAUGACUUUGAUAUCGCAGGGCAACGUUCACGAAACAAUUAUGAUCAGGAUGAGGAAUGCACCGAAAUGCAUCACUUAUUGCCAAAUGGCAGAAGAAGAGAUGCACCAACUAUCGUUCGGAAAAAUAUAAGAGAAUUCGAAAUGUCGAGUGGACCGCAAAAAAUGCAAAAAGUACAUGAUCUUCUGUGGCCAUAAAAUUGAUUAUUUCAAUACUGAAUAUAAGAAAUUCGAUGACAUUUUGCAUACAUGCAACGUCACACCCAAUUUAUGUUAUUUACGCGAUCAACCAACUAUUUUCUUUGUACGCUUUUUUUUAUCUUUUUGCGUAAAUUUUUUUGUAGUAUUUUAUCUCAUAUUUUUAGCAAUGACGACAAAAACAAUUUUAUUCUUUUAUUUUAACAACGAAAAAAACUAUUACCAUGUAGUAUUUAGAUGCUAAUUUUAGCCGUUAAUAACACUCAGAACUGAUAAAUGCAAUUGCAAGCAUUUAAUUUGGACUUUUUUUUACCCAAUUUCUUUUCCUUUGCGAUAAAGAAUAAUUAUUCGAAACAAUGGCUCAAAUUUCAUUUAUUCUCAUUCUCUUGUAUCGUUUCGAAUUAUACAUAUAUAGUCUUUAUAUUAUUGAAUCUCGUUUUUAUCACCGAAUUAA